AUGAUGCCGUCAUCGAUAUCUACAGCCCUGACAGCGUCAACGUGGACGUCGACGUCGACGUCGAAGCCACUGCCUCUGUGCUGGCUGUUUCGGCUGCUCGGCGCACUGCUGCUGGGCACGCUUAACGCCGCACCAUCCAUUGAAGCCCUGCACCUCUCCAGCCUCUCCGUCCCGCGCAUUAUCGAUGUCGCACAAAAGGCAAAACUUUUCUGCAGCUAUGAAAUGGGCAAUCGCACAUUGAACUCAGUUAAAUGGUACAAGGACGGGCAGGAGUUUUUCAGAUACUCGCCGCUUACGCCGCCAACAACAAAUUGGUUUCCCGUCAAAGGUGUCACCAUUGACGACGGCUCGUCGCAUUGCAAUCAAUUCAUCUGCAACGUGGAACUCGAAAAGCUGAAUGUGCACUCGUCCGGCCAAUAUCGUUGCGAGGUUUCGGGCGACGCGCCGGAAUUCAAGCUGAUCGAUAAGGCCGCCAAUAUGACAGUGGGCGUGCUGCCCAAAUUCGACCCAUUCAUUAGUGGCAUGCGACACGCGUACAAAUAUCGAGACACACUGUUGGUCAACUGCAGCUCGGAGUGGUCCAGUCCCGCGGCGAAGCUAACAUGGUAUAUCAACAAUAAAACGGCGCCGCAGCACAGCCUGCAACCGCAAAUCAACGAAAUCACACGCAACACCGAGGGCUUUCCGCUGUACGCCAGCAGCUUGCAGCUGCGCCUCCACAUCGAUGACCCGCGCUUCAUCAGCAAGAGCGAGAUGCUCGAGUUACGCUGCAACGCGGACAUCAUGGGCCUGGCCAGCGCACAGCGCGAGAGUCGGGUGCGAACCACCAUUCUGGCACUCAAGGAUGCGGGCCUCAAUCAAAGGCUGACGGAGAGUGGCGUCGCUGCCAGUGCGAUUGGAGGCACAUUUGUCGCCUGCUGCUGUGCAUUGGCUUCGCUGCUCUGGCAAUACUCUCGGAGUUAGCUUCAACCACACGCCAUUUGAAUUUUUAAUUAAGGUUCUUUGUAGUAAUAAUCGCGACAAAUCAGUGAAGAUCUUCGCACUAGAAUAAGCUAAGCCACAAAGUUAACAGGCCAACAGAUGCUAGGGGCAUGUCGAAAAAGGAGCAAGGAGUCUGUAAAUAUGUAGUUAAAUAGUCAAAAGCCCGGGGGCGCUGUUCGCGGAAAUGCCAGCCAAAAAUUCCUAUUGAAUUAACGCAAGAUAUAUGUGUAUAAAGAAGAGU